GGUGGCGCUGGGUGUUUUCUUCUUCCCGUCAUUCACACUUGAUAGUUUUUUACUUUUUACAUUUCGGUAGUUUAGUUGGCUGUAAAAUUAUUUUCGUAAUGGCUGCCACGCUAAAAGUGUAGCUCAUUGGUUAUGUCAUGUAUAUAAAAUCAUUAUUCGUAAGUGAUACAUGUGUAAUUCAACAAGUGUUAUGAACAAUGAUCGCAUGAAAGGAGUCUUAGUCUCAAUCUCACAGGGACGUUUCUUCUUUCAUGUUUCCUUUUUUGGCAAUUAAGUUAUGGACUCGGCGUUUGUGUACUAUAUGUAAUAAAAACAUAAUCUAUGCGUCGUGAAAAGUGUUCUCUGGGACCAUAUUGAGUGGAAAGUGUUACGAGAGAGUAGAAAAUGACGGAUACGCGUUCGUCGUCUGCGUUGUUCAAGCGCGCGGAGCAGCUGCGGCGAUGGGAGGAAUCCGACACCAAUAAACAGAGCCCGACUCCUAAGCGGGCGUCGAGGAUCCAAUUUUCCUCCGGGAUCGUGUUCCUGGCGGCGUGCACGUCAGGCGACAAGGACGAGGUGCAACGUCUUCUGAAAGCGGGAGCCGACAUCAACACUGCGAACGUGGACGGGCUGACAGCUCUGCACCAGGCAUGCAUCGACGACAACCUAGACAUGGUGGAGUUCCUCGUGGCGCACGGCGCCGACGUGAACCGCGGCGACAACGAGGGCUGGACGCCGCUGCACGCCACCGCCUCCUGCGGCUUCCUCAGCAUAGCCAGGUAUCUCCUGGAGAGCGGAGCGGACGUCGCAGCAGUGAAUUAUGACGGCGAACUAGCGGUCGACAUCGCCGAGAGCGACGCGAUGGAGCAGCUGCUACAGAAGGCUAUCGAUGAGAAAGGCAUCGAUUGCGAGAAAUCACGUAACGCGGAAGUGGACAACCUGCUCAGCGACGCCAAGAACUGGGCGGCGAACGGCUACGUGGAAGUCAGGGAUCCCAAGACCGGCGGCACGCCACUGCACGUAGCCGCCGCCAAGGGUUACAUUGAUGUGGCCAAGAUGCUUUUGGAAGAGUGCGGCGCGGAACCCGACUGCGUAGACUACGAGGGCUGGACACCAUUGCACGCCGCCGCGCUCUGGGGCCAGAAGGAGGCCGCCGCGCUACUGCUCAAGUGUGGGGCCGAUCCGCAUCUCAAGAACUACUCGGGCCAGACGUGCAUGGACCUAGUGGACCCGAGCAUAUCGUCGUGGCUCGCCGACGCCACGCUCAAGGCGCCGCGGCGCGUGAACAACAACAACAACAAACGGAAACUCUCCCCGCCGCGGCACGAGGUGAAGAGGGUCGAGCUGCAGAUCACAGGGGAUGUGGUCAAUGACAAGCCGCCGGCGCCGGAGAUCAUUAAGGACAGCAAGCCGCCGAAGGGGCGCGCGCCCUCACCCGACGCAGAGGAGGAGGCGCCCUCAUGGCGGCGCACGGCCAGCUUCAGGAAACAGGAGGUCACACGCGAGAACAAACCGGCGAACAACGCCGUGGACAACGACACCAUACUCAGGAGGACGCACAGUUUCGAAAACGACAAGACUUUCUAUCAGCGCUACCGCGACGUGACGGCGCGUAUAAAGGCCUCCUCCUGCCCCUCUAUACCUCCGCCGCCGCUCGCUGAGAAGGAGACUAAUGAUACUAACGAGGAUGUGCAGACAAGAAUAAACUCGACAGCGGAGAAGCGAGAGCGAGACGCCAACACAUGGAGUCCCACGUCCACCGCUGCCAACACCAACACAACCAACACCAAUACCACCACACAGACGACUGUCAGGAGCUCCUCGGACGCGGAGAACAGUAGCAAUUCCACCUCGAGCUCGGCGACCCCGACCAAGCUAUCGCCCGGGAACAUUUUCAAGAACUUCUUCAAGUCAUUCGUGCCGCCGGUACGCGACGAAGAGAGCGAGACGCAACGAAAGGCGCACGCCAAGCGAGUGAGAGAGACGAGGCGAUCGACUCAGGGCGUCACGCUCGACGAGAUCAAAUCUGCAGAGCAGCUCGUCAAGAAAAAGACUGGCAAUGGCACCACAGAGUCGCCCGCGCCAGCUAGUCCCAAGAAAGAAGAAGCUCCUUCACCGGCCCCCGUUGAAAACAACUCGACGCGGGACGUAGCGGUCACCGUCGCGCUGGCGUGCGCGACCGCCACCGCCACCGCGACCAUCGCGCCGCACGAGCGCCGCCCGUCGUGGCGGCUCCGGCUCGACCCGACCAAUAAGUUUGAGCUGGAGGAUGCGGGUCGGCCGCGCUCCACGGACGCGACCGUCACGCUGCCGCUGCGGCGCCCGCCCGCCGCGAGCACGGCCAACACCGCCUCGCCGCCGUCCAAGGAGGAGAGUCGUGCCGGCGAAGAUGAGAAAGAGCGCGAAAGCAGUUCGGAGAGCAAAUCAUCAUCGAACGCAUCCCCCGCGAGCACGCAGGCCGCGAUGAACGUGAUCCAGCGCCGGCGCAGGCCCAAGCGGCGCUCCACCGGCGUCGGCCACGUCGACAUGGACGACAUUGUGAAUGAUCGCGGCGGGGGCGGUGAAGGAGAUGGCGAAACAGAAACUGUGCAGUCGGGAAGCGAGCGCACAGAGGACGGCGAGGACAUCGACUACAAGGCGCUGUACAUCGCGUCGUCCAGCGAGGUCCGCCGCCUGCGCGCCCUGCUGGCCACCUCCGAGCAACAGCUGCGCGACGCGCGCGCCACCAUAGCGCGCACCAGCCAAGUGAAUCAAAAUUCGUUGUCAGACAUCGAGAAACGUGAGAAGAGAGCCAUGGAGAGGAAAUUAUCUGAAAUGGAGGAAGAAUUAAAGUACCAACAAGCGCUCCAAGCCGAAAACCAGCGGCUAAAGGACGAGAACGGAGCCCUAAUCCGAGUGAUCAGCAAACUGUCCAAGUGAGCGCGGGCUUGCACAGGGAGGCAUUUGAACAGUAUUUAGCGGCACUAUCCUUUGCUCAUAUCAAGUGGUACCUAGUCUAGCUUCACACCGCAUAAUAUGUUAUCCGAAGUGUUUUACUGUGACAUGAUGUGUUUCAAUUAUUUUCCUGGGCCGAUGAGUUCGAACGGUGAGAUCUACUCUACUUGAAAUGGUGACUAAUAUUGGUACACUUUUUAUUUGAAUUUAAUUUGUAUUGAAAAAUUGUGUAAAGGGUGGUUUUCCACCUAUCCAAUGUCAGUGCGUCUCACUCUCUCAUUGAAGCAAAAUGUAAGAAACACAACACACACAUUACGCAAUACACAUUGGACAAAGACAUUGGAUAUGUGGAAUACCACCCUUACUCACGUACUGUCUUUACAGUUGCGUUGACAUAUUCAUCUGGCAACUUAGAAAAAACGGCUAGUCGCUUAUUCUACUCUCCCCGAUUUUUCUGUUAUAAAAAAAAAGAAUUUAUUUGAGGCCUAGUUCAUCAUCAUGUGGACGUUCUUUUAUUUUCAGCGGUAUUGUUUACAUACAAUAUCGCUUAUAACAAAAGAACGUCCACAUCAAAAUACGAGUACCUCAUUAAUUGAGGUUCAGUACCCUGGUUUAAUUUGUAUCACCAUGACAUUUUAGUCUCGAAAGUAAGACACGUCACGCAAUAUAAAAUAAACUAUACUAGCAUCAGAAUCAGGUCCCUUUUGGUUGUCCUAUACAUGCCUAGCACAGUCAUGCUCUCAAGCAGUGGCCUGAUAUAGACAUACAUUUUAUUUUUCGGAUAGUUAACUGUAAAAUAGUGACAACUAUUACGUAAUACAAAAUUAAACAUGGCGGGUGUUCAAAAAAUUCAGAUGGUAAUUUUAUUAUUUGUGGAAUUCAAACUAUAAAUGAGAUCAUCAUAAUAUUUUAUUUUUACUUAACAAUUUUGCUGUCGGAUCAUUGUGGAUCAAACACCUUAUAUGUAAGCAGCAGCUGGCAAGAGUUUUUACAUUAUAGAGAGCGACUUUUUACUGAGAAUAAUAUGUAUGGAUACUUUACUCUAAAGAGGGAAAAUUAGCUUCUUAGUUCUAAGGUGUCACUUAGCUUAUCUUUGCCUAAUCGACUUAAGCAAUGCGCAUACGAAGCAAAACUAAUGGCAGUUAGGUAAGGUCAGAUGGGGUAAGACCAAACACUGGAGCAAGUGACACUUUUACGGAAUCUUCAUACUGUUACUCUUGUCCUGAGUAAAAUAAACUAUGUUUGUCUUACCCCAUCUGACCUUACCCCACCUGACUUAAUAAUCUUUCUUAUUACAUGGAAGUAAAGAUCUUUAUGAACGGCUUAAACCGAUACGGCUUCAAGAAACAUGGUGACACCCUUAAAACCCUUCGCGCAAUGUUUAUUUUGUGUGCAACAGUAAAAGUGAAGGGGGAAAGAGAAUACAGUGUAUAGAGACGGAUUGUCAAAGUAAAUUAUGUUUCUAAUUUAAAAAAUAUAAACAUUUGUUUAUGUUUAUAUUUCACAUAUCAGUGAAAUAAACAGGAUCAAAGUAAAAUGGCGUUCUAACAGUUUUAAUCGUCUGUCGAAAGAUGGCAAUAAAUGUACUGUAGCUACACAAUUUACCAUGAUAGUAAUUCCCUAUUUCAAAUUCUCCUUGGUAGAGGUAUGUUCGUGCCGCGGUGUGAAGUUAUAUUCCGUUUGUAUUUCUGUUUGUUAACCCUAGUUGUAUUGUACUACAGUCGGCCGAGUAUUUCGACCGGCUCUUGCCACAAUAUUUGUAACCUGAUGAAUUUUUUUAAUGAUAAUGUUACAUGCGACGAUUGAGCAUCAAAUUAUUAAUGAUUAUGAGUUGAUUUUUUUAUUCAUAAAUGCAUUAAGGGAAAAAAAUAUAGAUUAUUAAAUGCAUUAAUUUGAAACCAAAUAAUAUACAAAAAAACGAUCGUCGAUUUACAUUAUUUAUUAAUGAAGUAUCAUCAGAUAAUUACUCAAAUCAACUUUAAAAUAUUUAAUUCGUCAUUAUCAUGAAGUUAUUUUUGUAAGGCAAAAUGUAUUUAUGUUGAAUGUGGUAUGGAUUAGGAUCAGUGUCUGUAGAUUGUAAUUAAGAUUUUCAUUAACUAAAAAAAACAAAUGUGCCUCAAUUGAUUCUUCCUUUGACGUUAUAAAGUAUUAUAAUAAUAUAUUUAUUGUCAGAUGUACUUAGGGACGACAGGUCGGUGGGGGUCGUGUGCCCUAAUCUUUGUACACCGAAAGAAAAAUGGAACAGUAAUCUUAUAAUGAAACCUCGAUAUUUACUAAGUAGAGUCAAGCCAGCCGGGUAUACUGGGUAUAGUCCCGCUUAUCCACUACCAUUUUAUACUCGUACUAUAACUAAAGCUUAGAAAAUUUGACUGUCGCGUUCGCUGUUAUAUUGCAAUCUACGAAUAGUGUAAAGUAUUGCGUGACAGUUCAUGUCAUGUUUCUUUAAAUGUUCGUUGAAUUAUAUAAGUGAUCUUUGGGUGACAGUCAUAAUGUAUGAGAGCAUUUUACAACAUCUCUUCCUAUUAUAUUAUGAGAUUAGAGUUAUCAAAAUAAUGCCAUCAAUACUACUAUAUGUGCAGUCACCUCCAGCAUUUGAGCGGGCGAGACUGUUAUAUAUGUGACUUUCGUAAUAUUAUAAAACUUGACAUGAACUUAUACAAACUUUUUUAUACACGUUAGAACUAUGGUUCAAUGAGUUCCUCCGCUUAGAUGUAAGUGGCGGUGACAUCGCCUUACUAAUCAUUUAUUUCGCAAAGGUUCCAAGUCGGGUCCCGUUGUGAAGUAAGUGUUGAAUGGUAGGUAUACGCCGUCCCUAUAGAGUCCGCAGCGUUGACCCAGAUGUAUUCCUAGAUGAUAAUAUAAGACGUGUAAAGUAGACUAGUUUUAUCUUACUAUAAAUCGCGCUGCCGCGCCUAAUAAUUUCUUGUAGUUAUAUAUAUCUCGAAUUACUAAUAUCUAUUUAUAUACGCAUAGUGUUUUUAAGCAAUAGUUGAAAAUUGGAAAUGUGAUAUGUUGAUUUUGUACGCACCGAUAAGCAUGUUAUAUGAAUUUACUUGUUUUCUCUUGUGUAUUUAUAAUGUGAGCAUCGUACUUUGAACGUUUUGGGGCCAUUCGAAGGACUCCUGGUAUUGUAUGGAGUUACAUUAUUAUUUUGACCAGAACAAUACUUAACUAGUACCCGUUGAAAAUGAUUAAAAGUAUAUGCUUAUGUGAAAUCGAAGGUUCUACAUCUAAGUAUAUACCGAUAAACUAUGCAAAUACUAUCUUAAAGUUAUACGCUUUUUGCGACGCGGGACUUUACAAUUGUGACAAUAAUAUAGGAACCCCGACCCCUGUGGGUAUUUGUAUAGUUUUGGCUGAGCGUGGGCGAGGUAGGAUAUAGUAUGGAGGAUUUAACAUUGUGUGUAUCAAGCAGUAAGCGCAAACUACGUGCAUGCGUUUAGUUAAUUGUUUAAACUGUUUCCUCGAUGUCAAUUCAAUUUAUUCUCCGCAUGAUCGUAUACAUGGUAAGACAGGCCUUAUUUCAAAGCAACUAGGUAUAGUUUAGAAUGACGUAACCUUGAUUAUGGAAAGGGCUCGGUGAGUGGAUGCAGUGAGCGCACUCAGCUUAGCCAGACUAGUCGCGCGGCGCGGCCUCGCCUGCCGCGGUGGCUUGCUACCCGACAUCCUAAACAUAAGGGGAGCAUGCUUUCUCAUAACUAUUUACCUUUUCCGCUCUGACGUGUAAUUGUGUCCCCUCUUUAAAUUAGGGGACUUACUAAAAUGGUAAGAUUUUAAUGAUAUUUAUUUCUGAUACUAUUCAUUAGAAAUAAUAUGAAUUAUAUUUGUUUAACUAAUGCCGCUCGUGCGUAUGUUUUAAAAGCAAAGAAUGUAAUAAAUAAAAUUAUAUUAAUUUAAUGUUAUUUAAAAUGAUUACAAUGCCGUCAACUUGGUCUAUUGUAUUGUAUAAAUUCGUAGCAUUUUUUAACUUAGCGAUUCUGAUUUUUGUUCAUUAAAGUUUUUUAUUUAUUUCCAGAGAUAAGAGUUAAAUGAAAUAAAUAUCUUGAUUAAUUUA